GCACCCUAGACAAACAUGUAGAACUAGAGAAACUCGUAGCCAACUUCCUUGGUGUGGAAGAUGCUAUGGUGUUUGGCAUGGGCUUUGCAACUAACUCAAUGAAUAUUCCAGCCCUUGUUGGGAAGGGCUGCCUCAUUUUAAGUGAUGAGUUGAACCACACUUCUCUCGUUCUUGGUGCGAGGCUUUCAGGUGCUACUAUUAGAAUCUUCAAGCAUAAUAACAUGCAGAGCCUUGAGCAGUUGCUGAGGGAUGCAGUAAUAUAUGGGCAGCCUCGAAGCCACAGAGCAUGGAGAAAAAUUAUCAUCCUCGUGGAGGGCAUUUACAGCAUGGAAGGGUCCAUUGUCCGCCUGCCAGAGAUUGUCUCCUUGAAGAAGAAAUACAAAGCCUACCUCUACUUGGAUGAAGCUCACAGCAUUGGCGCAGUGGGUGCAACAGGCCGAGGAGUUGUGGAAUAUUUUGGUAUGAGUCCUGACGAUGUUGACGUCUUAAUGGGAACAUUCACAAAGAGCUUUGGUGCAGCUGGAGGAUACAUAGCUGGCAAAAAGGACCUUGUGGACUUCUUACGAACUCAUUCUCACAGUGCUGUGUAUGCCACGUCUAUGUGUCCACCCGUAGCAGAGCAAAUCAUCAGGGCAAUGAAAUGUCUCAUGGGACUGGAUGGGACGACACAAG